UGAGCUGUGCAGAGCCCGGAGCCCGGCCUGCGUCCUGACCGGGCUGCUGCAGGCCUGUGGGGUGGGAAGCGAGUGCUCCUCCCAGGCUGGAUUCUGGAGAUGUGUCCAGGUUCAGGGGCCCAGCACUUCAGCACCUGGAUCUAAAGGGCAUCACAAAGGGGCUAUAGCAAUGGAGCCAGCGGUAUUCAGGGUGCUUGACCCAGCCAGAUGAUCCCGAGGACAGAGACUCCAACCCCACCCGGAACCUGUCUCUUCUCCAUCGGCGUGGAAUCCAUUCUGACGUCACUGAACGUCCCGGGCUGUGCAGCGCCUUAUACAGAGCAACCUCUCUUCUCCCGGGGCGUUGAUCACAGAGCCAGUUGCUUGUGCAGAAGGGUGGCUGCGUAAUUCAUGAUCCUUAACCUGCUGAAGUCAUUGGCAAAACUCCCCCUGACUUCAGUGCGAGCAGGAGCAGGCCCUUGCUCAUUUGUUUUCAACGGGGCAGGACGUGGGGGACAGGAACCAGGACUCCUGGGUUCUGUUCUCCACUCUGCCAAGGACUCACUUUGUGACUUCAGACAAGUCACCCGGGGCCCAAUUCGGCAGCCUUUCAUCAUCUGAAUGAUCCUGACUCAAGAGUUGCAGAAUCAGGCCCUCAGCUGCUCCGUGCCUCAGUUUCCCCUCUGCCCAAUGAUACUUCCCCAUCCCAUGGAGGGAGGGGGUCUCAGUGAUUGCUGGGAAAGAGGUUCUUCAGCCAGCCACCCGCCAAGCAGGAGCACCUCUCCGUCGUGGCACCGCACCCCUUCUUCCCAGGGAUCCCCCUAGGACCGAGCACUGCCAAAGGGCUGGCGGAGCAACCUGGGCACCUCCUGCUGCUUCUCUGGCGAACGCGUGAGGCUGGCGUGGGGCAGUGCCCAGCCCCAGGAGAAGGCCCCCCCAGGCUGCGGCGCCGUGGAGCCCGGCUGUAGGGAAGCCUGAAGCUGGGCUGCAGAGGUGCCGUGUGUGUUGGGGGAGCCGCCCUGCCCGUGGCCAGGGAUGGAGGCCAAUGGCAGCCUGGCCAGCGAGCUGGGCUCGUGCUUCCGCAGCACCAACUUCAGCACCACCCUCAGCGCCACCCUCAGCGCCAACCUCAGCGAGAAGCUGAUUGUCUCGCGCUGGUUCUCCACCGCCUUCGGCAGCAUCGGUCUUGCCUCCAACCUGUUUGCCCUCUGCGUGCUGGUCAGCUCCUCCCGGAAGAUGCACAGCCGCGCCCGCUCCUCCUUCCUCAUCUUCCUCUGCGGCCUGGUGGUGACGGACUUCCUGGGCCUGCUGGUCACCGGGACCAUCAUCAUCUCCUACCACUUCACCAAGUUCAACUGGAUGGUGGUCGACCCCGCCUGCUACCUCUGCAACUUCCUGGGCCUCUCCAUGGUCUUCUUCGGCCAGUGCCCGCUGCUGCUCGGCGCCACCAUGGCUGGGGAGCGCUUCUUCGGCAUCAACCGCCCCUUCUCCCGCUCCACCAGCAUGUCCAAGCGCCGAGCCUGGUUCAUGGUAGGCCUGGUCUGGGCCUUCUGCCUCUCCCUGGGACUCCUGCCCAUCCUGGGCCUGGGGGAAUUCACCCUGCAGUUCCCCAACUCCUGGUGCUUCAUCACGAUGCUGCAUGACCCCAAGAACGUCACCUUCUGCCUGAUCUUCGCCCUGCUGGGCAUCCUGGCCGUCGGCCUCUCCUUCCUCUUCAACACGGUCAGCGUGGUGACCCUGUGCCGGGUCUACCACGACCGCGAGUCGGUGCAGCGGCGCCGGGACAGCGAGGUGGAGAUGAUGGUGCAGCUCGUGGGCAUUAUGAUCAUUGCCACCGUGUGCUGGUUACCCCUGCUGAUCUUUAUCAUCCAGACGGUCCUGCAGGAGCCCGCACCCGACCUGCUGCCCCGCCAGAUCCCGCGGCAGACCGAGGAGAUGCUGCUCAUCUACCUGCGCAUGGUCACCUGGAACCAGAUCCUGGACCCCUGGGUCUACAUCCUCUUCCGCAGGGCCGUGCUGAAGCGCAUCUACCCCAGCCUCAAGACACGGCCCUCCAUCGUCUCCCUGUACCCCAUGUUCAACCCCUCGCUGCGCCGCAAGCUCACCCAGGAGUCCGUGCUGCAGUAGCGGGGGGCAUCUGGGCGGGCAGCGAGCAACGGGCCCAGAGUGGGCACUGCCAGGGGGGCACGAGGGAGAGACGGGCCCCAGCCGGGACUCAGGCUGCCCCAGGGACAGACGCUUUGGGUUGGCACCUGAACUGAUGUUGCCUCCAAUCUCUGGGCCCGGCCCGCCUGGCAGCAGGGAGCUGUGGGGCUGAGCUCCCUGCCUGACCCCUCCCAGGAAGCAUGAGGUUGGAUGCCCCAGCCACGAGCUGGCAGAAUGGGGAGCUCAGCACCAGCUCCAAAGGCCACGCCCCAUCCUGGAGGGUGCCAGCACCCACGGCCCAUGGUGCUCCUGGGGUGGGUGCUGAGAGCCCCGGGAGGGAGAUUCCCUCCCGCCACUCCAACCUCCACGACUCUUGGCUUUACCACUUGGGCAGAAAAACCUCAUUUAAAAACUCACAAUCGUUGGAGUAGGAGCUGCCCCCCCCCACCGCGCACCCCAGCUGCACCCACAGCCAGUGCCCCCCUCAACUGCAAGUGCACCCACUGGCGCGUCGCUCCCGGUGUCCGCCGAGAUGCUGCGCCCGGCGCCACACGGGCCGGGGGGCACGGCUGGAAUUUCCUGCCUGGGCCUUGGCUGGGUGUCGGACUCGGCCCCAUGGACGACAGCCCCUGCUGCUGCUUGGAAGGGAGCCAUUGUCCCUGCAGCCUGGGGCGGGGGCAGGAGGGGGCUGGGGCGUGCAGGGGGAGGAAGGGAACAGGCUGGCUGGGGGGCAGGA